AUGGAGUCGUAUGAAGCUAUCUUACAACCUCUACCAGAAAGAUUGUGUAAUAUUUCAUAUAUUUUCAAUACUGACCAAAAUUCGUCUCAGAAUAUGAUAGAAUUGGUAUGUCCCAGAUAUGGCACCCUAGAACUGACCGGGUACAUGUACGUAAACUAUUAUGUGGGUGUCAAUACGAGUUGCUCAGUUGGCGUAUGUCAUGUUGGCAGUUUCAUUUUGUCGCCUGCUAGAUGUACUAUAGGUGACAGUUUAACCAGCUUCCUAGCUUCUUUGUUUUUGUCUUUCAACAAGAAAACAUUAAGUUUGAAGUGUAGUACAGUAAAACUAGGAUAUGCUGUAUACCUUAUGAAACAUCUACUUGAAUUUAAAGAACAGAAGCUCAACAUCAUGUAUGAUAUUGAACGUAUCCUAGAUGCCCAUUUAAAGGUAUAUAACGGUAUUGGAAGCUGA